CCCCUCCUCUAGCAGAACUGGGUCUUCCCUCCGAGUGCGCUACAUCUCUUGGAAUUUCAUUUAAAAAAGAAAUAUAUUUAAAUUCUUGAGAUUUUUACGCGUGGGCUUGUUCUAAGACUUAUUUUUAUAUAUUUAUUCUUUGAGCUGUUACAGCUGGUGUUUGAGACAGAACCUGUCUGGUGAAUAGGCGGCUCCGUUCGUGUAUUUUUUUUUUAAAUUUACUCACCUUAAACCAAACAAACACUCAAGGAUCAGGAGGAUUUUGUGAAGAAAUCGUCCGGAUUUUUCUUUUUCCUUUAGUCUGAGAGGAUUUUACAGGCUUCCUGCCACAUCUUCGUAAGUAUGAAACAACCUAAUCCCAAAACAGAGAUGAGUCGUUUCAACAUCGCUCCUGAAGACGACAGCAGCAGCACCAACAGCAACGAAUACCCGGAGUGUCCCAAGAAGGUCCCACUGGGCAGCCAAUACUCUGACAACGAUGCAGAGAGUCAAAACUUCCUCCCCGAGCACAACCUGGGCAAGAAGAAGUACGAAACUGAAUACCACCAGGGCAAUGCCUCCUUUGGCAUGUCCGUCUUCAACCUGGGCAACGCCAUCAUGGGCAGUGGCAUCCUGGGUCUCUCCUACGCCAUGGCCAACACUGGAAUUGCCCUCUUUGUGAUUCUUCUCGUGGCUGUCGCCAUCUUCUCCUUAUAUUCUGUACACUUGCUGCUGAAAACUGCUAAUGAAGGAGGUGCUCUGGUGUACGAGCAGCUCGGUUACAAAGCCUUUGGGAUGCCAGGAAAGCUCGCCGCUUCCUGCUCCAUCACCAUGCAAAACAUUGGAGCCAUGUCGAGCUACCUCUACAUCGUCAAAUACGAGCUGCCCAUUGUCAUUCAAGCUUUCUUGGGAUCAAACACUGGAGAAUGGUACACAAACGGCGACUACCUUGUGCUGCUGGUGACCCUCGUCAUCAUCCUGCCGCUGUCUCUGCUCAGAAACUUAGGUUACCUUGGUUAUACCAGCGGUCUGUCUCUGCUCUGCAUGGUGUUUUUUCUGAUUGUGGUCAUCAUCAAGAAGUUUCAGAUCCCGUGCCCUCUACCUGAGGAUGUCAACGCCCUGAACGAAACACUCAAAGCUCUUAACACCACUCUGUCCCAGCUGAAUGCCACCGCCGUGGAUUACAGCGAGGAUGCCUGCACGCCGAAAUACUUUGUCUUCAACUCACAGACUGUUUACGCCGUUCCCAUUCUCACCUUCGCCUUCGUGUGUCACCCAGCCAUCCUCCCCAUGUAUGAGGAGCUCAAAGACCGCUCCCGCAGCAAAAUGCAAGGCGUUGCCAACGUGUCUUUCCUGGCCAUGUUCAUCAUGUACCUGCUGGCUGCUCUCUUCGGAUAUCUGACCUUCAACAUCCAUGUUGAGCCCGAGCUGCUGCACACUUACUCCAAAGUCUACAAGGCCGAUGUCAUCCUGCUGAUUGUCCGUCUGGCUGUGCUGACCGCCGUCACCCUGACCGUCCCCGUGGUGCUUUUCCCUAUUCGUACCUCUGUCAACCAGCUCCUCUGCGCUUCCAAGGACUUUAGCUGGAUCCGCCACACCAUCAUCACUAUGGUUCUGCUUGGUGGCACCAAUGCCCUGGUCAUCUUCGUCCCCACCAUCAGGGACAUCUUUGGCUUCAUUGGUGCUUCUGCUGCUGCCAUGCUCAUCUUCAUUCUGCCGUCGGCUUUCUACAUCAAACUGGUCAAGAAGGAGUCCAUGAAGUCCGUGCAAAAGAUUGGGGCUACUGCCUUCCUUCUGUGUGGCUUCCUCGUCAUGAUUGGCAGCAUGAGCCUCAUCAUCCUGGACUGGAUCCACAACGCCUCCCCCAGCCCAGACGCACACGCCGACGGACACUAAAAAAACUCCACCUCUCCUUUCCGCGUCCUGCACCAGGAGAGAGGAGGGCUCACAGCGCCGGACUGCUUCAACAGCGCAAAACCAACAAAGAUCGAAAAAGUCAUCAAAGAAAAAAACACAAAAACUCACUCGAUGCUCGGCUUUGAAAACCUGAGCAACAAACCAUGCCAUUCCAAGAGAAUGUAUCUGAACUUUGUACAGUAUGCUGUUAUAGGCCACAAAGAUGGUGUCUUACUUGUUUUUUUCUUUUUAUGUAUUUUUCAUUGCGUGUUUUUUUCGAUGUUCUUUUGUAGUUAUGGUACAGCUGAAAACAAAUAUUUGAAGGUGCCUGAAAUGAAAGAUGACAUAGAAGUAGAGUUCAAAGUGCAGCUUACACUCAGGUACGGUGUUAUGUGUGCAAAAGUGUGGCUGUGACCUCCGAGCUCGGCAACAACGAUGGCCUGCUGAGAAAAGUAGGGAUGCACCAAUAGCAGGUUCUUUCAGACCAAGUGCCAGUGAUGUCAACUCCGAGAACAGCUCCGUUAAUUCUGCUUAACAUCAACGUUCAGAGAGUUGAAAGCCCGACUGUUCGGUCUUGGGCCGUCCUGAUACUUGCAAAAUUGCUGUGUAAAAUUAAAUUGCUAGAAAGUUCUUCUUAUUCUGAUCAUUUCAAGAUCAAAUGGACAAGGCAGCCACAAUCUAUGCAUUCAUCAGACCACUGACAAGCAAUAUUGAGCUAUUUCACCUAGCUAAUGAAUUGCUUCAAAUCUGCAAAUAUUUGAAACUAACUCACUCUAGCAGAGCUCUAAAAGUACGUAACUUCAAAAUAAAAGCACCUAAGCUAGAGAUGGGUGUUUUAACUGGCUUUUGGGUAAGAUCCCAAAAGUGCAGAAGGUGGUUUGCUCUUUCUUAGAGUGGCAUUAACAAGUUUUAAUCAAUUUUCAAAUUAAGGUGCCUAGCUCUGCAAAUUUUAACACUUAAAACUGUCAUUACAGUUCUUAAAAUUAAUUUCUAAAUUGUCGUGUUUCCAUCAGAUGUUACUCCUACGUCGAAAUAUCACCGAACAUGGCUAUAAAUUUUCUAACAAGCUUAAUAACGAGAGGGUAACAUAUUUUAUUUGGCCUUGGUAUCCACACCCAUACUAAAACUGUUAUCGGUGCAUCCCGAGAGAAAAAGUGUCGGCACGAAACGACGGACUUGAAAGUUUUAUCUUCCUCAAGGACGUUAAAGUUCCUUCCAUUUUUUUCUUUUUUACUUUGCCAAAAAUGUAUUUGUAAAGCAUCUUUGUAUAUUUAAAAGCACUUACUGUUCAGCACAUUUGUGAAGAAAAAAAAAAUCAGUUUUCACAGGCGAGGCCUACCACACCGCCUACUCAGUAUUCGUACGAAGGUUUUGUGACCUUGCUUUAUAGUGUCAGCUUUAUCUUGUAGAUCCUAUUUAAGUCAACAGAACCUGCCUUUUCAAACCCAACACUGGGAGCUGCAGAGUUUCUCUGUAGAGGACUCUUCUGAAACUGUAUUUAUAACCUACUGAAGAUCUUGUUGGAAUAGCGUGUGCAGCGACGACACUACUGCUACGAGAGUUCCUCUACCCCGUUCAGGGGAGGGGGAAGCUUAAAGAUUUUUUCUUUAUGGGAGAAUACUUUAAAUUUGACCACAUGCAGUGGUUGUAAUGUACCUGUUAAACUUGCAAAAAAACCCUAAAAACGAGAAGUGGGGUGCGCACUCAAACGCCAACCACCAGACAACAACAGAGAAAGCUAGGGAGAGCGUCUGUCAUGGAAGUGUUUUUACAAACGGUUGCACAGUUUUCAAGAACUCGUCAGCUCAGUGCGGGCGUGUUUCCGGUCGAGCCGUGAAGCCGUCAUCAUUACGGUGUCACUGUGCUUCCAACGCUAACUUAACAUGUCACCAAACUGUUAUUGUCCAUCAUCUAUUUAUGGAAGACCAUGAAAUCAAUGUAAUUUAAUCUAUUUUACUAUAUUUAUAUAAUAAUGUAUGUAUAUAUAUAUAUGUAUAUAUAUCUAUUGAGUUCAACUGUAUAUACGCUUUGUUUUUUUAUUUUUACAAUAAUGCUUUGGAGCUGUAAAACAAAAAACCCAAGCUGGUGAAUUUGUGAUUCUGAAUCAGCUCCGACACACUGGAGCUUCAGCUGUUCACCUCUGUUCAGACUGACUGAAUUAUCCUACUGUGUUGAUUCUGUGAGAACUGUGUUACAUGUGGAAGCCACUGAUACAGCGGCACAAGUCUCGUCUCCUUUUUUGCCCCUGAACACAAACUGGAUCAGAAAAAUGGUCGUUACGCACAUGUUGGUUGGAGAGUACGUCAGCCAUCUCUUGACCUCAGGAGCAAAGAGGGCUCUGCCCGCCAGUGUUACACUCUUGUUUCAAUGAAACAUUAUGUAAAAUGUGUAAAUAAUGUCCGAAUAAAAUCAAAGUUAAUCUAUAA